AGAAGCAUCCCAUCACCUGAACAAAGUGCUUGGCCAAAGCGAAUGAGACCCGGAGCCACGCGCGGCGCCAGGCCACAGAACAGGGGCAAUGUGGCAUGGUCAAAGCGUCGAAGCAAGGUCACCGCCACAGGCUGCGAGGGUCCAUGAUAUAUAAAGGGUGCCAAUGCACACCGACGAUCUCAACAAACCCUCUUCCUCAUGAUGAGACGAUUCGACACUUGCUCACCUCAACGCUGUUGCCGCCCUCCGGACUCUCAUCCGGCGUCGUUACCAUUCCUCCUAACCAGCCAUGUCCGAGCCUCCGGACUCCGAUGCUCGCCGAACCCGUCGAGCCGUCGAAGCGGGCCAGCACGACGGCCGCUUUAAAGCGGCACACGGUCCACGAACGGCCGUGCAACGCGCUGACGACCUGUGCACGACAGAUGGUGCGCAGCCCUGCGAACUGGACACGUCGGAGAUCGUUGCAGACGUGCAGGGUUCCAGAAUUGGCCUAGGAACGGAUCUAGCUGCACCAAGAGGCUGCAUGAGAACUUUCAGGCCGGUCGGUGGACGAGAAGUUCGAAGGUUGUCAACCCUCGUGCGAUGGUUCAACGCAACAACGCCUAUCCUGCCUUGUCCACCAAACAUCGCCGUCGCCGGCGGCAUCGCGCGGCGAGUCCCCGAUUUCACCAGCGUGUGGUGUCAAAGACAACCAACUAAGCAGUGGGACCAAAGGCCCCUCUCGCUGGGGAUAAUCUGGGACCAGACAGUCGUCUGGCAACAGAUAUCUUCAGCCAGAGCAUGCCCGUUCGUCAUAUCCUUGGCAAAUUUUUGA